UCAGCUGUCUACGAAACAAAUUAAUAUGAAUUUGUCAUUUCAAUUUUCAAUCAACAAAUUAAUAAGCGCACCUUCAGGAAAAUAAACAAAGUUAUAAAAAAACCUUGAAAUAUUCGGUUAUUAUGUCCAUUUAGUUAUAAAUAAUGGAAGAAGAAAAACUUAUUCGGAAGAAGAAAAAAGCUUUGAACGGAAGUAAUAGACGUGCAUAUGCUGAGGCAUGCAAUGAUUUAGCUACUUAUUACUACAAAAAUACUAGAUAUAGUGACGCUCUCGAUGAGUAUAAGAACGAGGCUGCCGUGUGUAAGGAAUUGGGCUUACGAAUGGAGUGGGGAACUUGUAACCGAAUGAUAGGCGAGAUGUUCAUGCUUCUUGCUGAAUUUGACAAAGCUCUUAAAUAUGAGGAACGACACUUAGUUGUUGCAAAGGAAUUGAAUAAUUUAGUGGAAGAACAAAGAGCUAUGGCAACAUUAGGAAGGAUCUACCUACUCCAAGGGCAGAGCACUUCUGAUAACAGUGAGACCAAAACAUCAUUGACAGCUGCAGAGAAGGCAUUCAUGAAGAGUCUCAUUCUUUGUGAAAAAUUAAAUGGAAAAAUAAAUAAAACAGAAUUAAUGGAUAUGAGAGCUAGGCUCCUCUUAAACAUAGGUGUUGUUCAGGAACACUUAGGCCAUUUAGACAAAGCUAUAGACUGCAUCAAUAAAUCAAUAACAAUUUGCUCAAACCAGGAUCUAUAUGAAGUAUUACAUAAUUGCUAUACAACUCAAGCAUUAUUAUAUUGUAAUAAGAUAAAGGAUUAUGCAAAGGCUCUUAGUUGUCUGAACAAAGCUUUAGAAGUUGCAAGUAGAUUGGAAGAUAAGGUUUUAAAAACAUGUGAGACAUUAUCCUCAAAAGCUGAUAUACUGUGUAAGAUGUCUGAUUAUCAAAGUGCAAAGCAAGUAUUGUAUAAAGCUUGGAAGUUAAAGACUCCAGAUGAAGAUGAAAGAGAUAAUAUUGAAACCAAUUUGAGAGUCGUGGCAGCAAUGUGUUACACAGAAGACCUGAUAAUCUCAACAGACCCAUCUGAUUAUCCUACUUUUAAAAAGUUGUAUGAAAAGCUUGGAGAUGGGGCUUGUCACCUGAAGAAUUAUGCUGGAGCUAUUGAAUAUUAUCUGAAGAUGUUGGAUCAUGCUGAACUCGCUGGUGACUGUGGAAAAACCUUGAUACCUAUUUAUGUCAGCUUAUACCAAACAUAUAAAGAUAUGGGAUGUUUUAAUGAAGCCCUCCAGUAUUAUUACAAAGAGUAUGAACUUAUAAAGGAUGUUCCAAAGGAAGCGUUCACGACAUUGUACAAUAUCGCAGAAGUAUUAUUCUUAGCCAAGAAACCAUAUGAACAAAUUGAAAAAGCUUGUCUCGAAGCUAGAGAUGCUGCCCGCGAAUGGAAUAAAAAGAAAUACGAAAUCAGAGUAUUGAAAAAUUUGCUAAAAUAUCAAGAGGCAUAUGGAGAGAUCGAAAAGAUGGAGACCACGACAAGUGAACUCCAAGGCCUUGGUUAUUCUGAUGAAGGGUCCGAAGAUGAGAUGAGUUCCGCUGGUGGCUGCGAAGAGGAUACUACUCAUAUUGGUGAUGACAUAUGUCUUGAUGAUUUGACAGAUCUAUCGGAUACAAAUGAAGAGGACGCGACGGAGACGAAACGCGAGACAAGAAGGAGAGGAAAAGGAUUUGCGAUAAAGAAAAAUAUGAAAGGAGAAACGCAAUUACAUGUUGCAUCCAUAUCAGGUAACAAGUUGCUAGUAGAGCGUUUAUUGGCGAAGGGGCAUCCGGUUAAUAUAAGGGACAACGCCGGCUGGUUACCCUUACAUGAAGCGUGCAUACACGGGCACGUUGAAGUUGCUAAUAUAUUAAUAAAUCAUGGAGCUAAUGUCAAUGAUAGAGGCGGGGUUAAUUGUGAUGGUAUCACACCUCUAUACGACGCUGCAAGCAACGGACACUUGGAAGUUGUACAACUUUUACUUGAAAAAGGAGCAAUACCUACUCUUAAAACUGACUUUGGCGAAACGCCAUAUCGAGUUCUACAAAAAUGGCGAACGGGCACAAUUCUAACUAAAGACGAGGAAAUUUUAUAUAAUAAUAUAUGCAAUAAAAUUAAUAACGUCCCAGAAAAAGCGACCGAUAUUCUGCGCAGGUCCAAAUCUAAAACACCCGUCAAACGUGUACAAGAAACAUCCCCACCUAGCACAUCUAAAACGAGAACUAAAGAUUUGGGGACCCCAAUCUUCAAAAGGAGGAAUAUUAUUGACGAUGACAGCGAUACAGAAAUUAAUUUAUCGCAGAAUGUUAAAAACCAAACCGCCUUUCCAUCAGACGACUCACAAUCAGAGGAGGAGACAAAAGACAAUGUAUCAAGUGUAAAAGAAUACAGAAAUGCCAUAUCUGCUCUAAGAAAUAGAAACAUUGAUAUGCCAAUUGAGAAAGAUAAGAAAACGCAAAAAUCAGCGUUAUUAGACCCUACAGAAGUGGAUGACGACUGGUUAGACGAUGAUUUGGGAAUAAUGAACAAAAAUAAGAAACGGAAACUCACCGACCCCUUAGAUAGUUUACCCAAAAAAACGGCUAUGGACAAUUUGAGAACUAGCAUCGACAAUUUAAAUAAAAUUGAACCAUUAUCAGACAACGGAAUAAACAUGAACAAAAAUAAGAAAACGAGACUAAACGAGUUAGUUGACGUUAGUGAAAAUAGCUCCGACUCAGACCAGUUUCAAAGAGAUGAAAACGUUAAUCCAAAGAAUGAGAUUAUGAGAAAUCUGAUUAAUGACUUUAAUAAUAAACCAAAAGACACGAGAGAUAGUAUGAAGAAACGCUGGAAGCGACAAAGCACGUUGUUUAAAGCCGGCUUUCAAAGGAGAAGAGACUCUAGCAACAGUGGAAGUGAUACUGAAUUUGAAAGGAAUCACAGAUCAACACCCGUUGCAUUUACGAGAAAAUCCUCUAACGAGAACUUUGGGUCCGUUAAUUUCACAAGAAAAUCGUCUAACGAUAAUUUUGGUUCCAAUGACGGUUAUAAUUUCGUGAAUAAUAUUGUACAACCAAUGAAUGUGAUACAACCGAUAAAAAUAGUUCAACCGAAAAAUGGUAGGGCGAUGCAGAUAUUGCCACCUGCGGCUGUCAAAGUGAAGGUUGAUGAUAAAGUUCUGCUGAUAUCUUUGAAGCUGGAUACGAUAAAUAAAUUGACAAUCAGCUGGCUGGUUGAAGAGGUCAAGACGCGGUAUUAUAAAUUAACUGGAGUUCGUCCAGUGUUUAGUUUAAUGACGUCAGAUGGCGCCAUCCUAUCAGAGGACGACCCUUUGAGUCUAGUACUAUCUUCUCCGGAGCUGAACACUUGCAUCAGUAAUUGGAAAGCGUCUCCAGCUGAGGAAAGAUAUCUGGAGUGCUGUGAUGCAUUAGGAAUUCCACCUUCCCAGGAAUUGCAACAAGCAGUAGGCCGAAGUCACACAACCAGACGUCUAGCCCUCGGCACACAAACACUUCCCCCAUCACAAAUCCGGCCGUUGUUCCGUGCCCUUACCCACCAGACACACAUAACAGCUCUAAUGCUAUCCAACAACAGUAUCAAUAAUGAAGCCAUAAAAUAUUUAUCCGAAAGUCUCUCGACGAUGAAACAUUUGACAUUGAUUGAUCUUAGCAAAAACAAUCUCACCGGAGAUGGUGUUAAAAUUUUGCUUAAUAUUUUUGAGAAAUCAAAUCGUCCGGCCUGUCAGGCCAUUGAAGACAUAGACCUGAGUUAUAACACAAUAAGCGAUGAUGGUUUCCAAUCGAUUUUAAAACUAACCCAAUAUUUAAGACUUAAAUCGCUGAAACUCAGUCACUGUGGUAUCACAGAUAAUGCGCUUAAAGAUAUAAACGGUUCACAAAUCAACUUUGAUACUAUAGAAGCGAUUGAUUUAAGUAAUAAUGAUUUAAAAAUAGUCGUUUUAAGUAAUUUGUUGACAAUACUCAAUCCCAAUGUGUUGUUUGAAUUGGAAUUGAAUGAUGUGGGUGUGGAAGGGAAUGUGGUGGGAAGUUUGGCGAACUUCAUGGAUACGGCCAAAGAGUUGAAGCUGCGAAGGUUUAGUCUGUCCGGGUGUAAAUUGGUGGAUGGACAGUUUAUGAGGAUAUUCAGAUCUCUCGGCAGAGCCAAAAACCUACAAAGUGUGACGUUAAAGAGCAACCAUCUUACAUUUAUUACAUUGAAAAAAUUGCUUCAACGCCAACCGCCCGUGCCACAGAUUAACCUCGAGGGUUGCCAGGAUAUUUUUAAAUACUCCCCAGACUCCGAUUUUCAAGUAUGGCUACCCGCGAUUGACUUUGGACGAUGUAUACCAGAAAUUAAUGUUACGCCAAUCUCGAAAACGGAUGAGGAACGAGAAAGUUUCAAAUUAUUUUCAAAGACUUGGUUAAAUUGCUUCAAAGGACGUGGUAUUAUUGAGCAUGGUGAUGGUGGAGUAAUUAAGUUUACGGCUAGAUGAUUGACGUUUGUUAAGAAAAUAAAUAUUAUUUAGGUACCGUUGGAACUGUACUAUUGCGUAAUAGAUGAAUGUUUCUGAAAUUUGUCAAUAGUAGGGAUUGUAGACUGUAGUGUAUUGUGUGAGUAAGAAUUAAUAUGAAUAUAUAUAAUAAGGUACGUAAACACGCCAAUCAAACUUAAAUUCUAGUUAUAAGAGCUGACAGACCGUUUUUUAUGUAUAAUGUUUGAAGUAUGUAUUUUGAUAUUGACAUUGACAGCGCUCAAGACAAAAUACAAAUUAGAAUAUGUAACUAUGUUUUGUUGUCAUACGUACAGACUGUUAUAGUGCAUUGACAGAUUAUAAAAAUAUUUUGCUUUAAAUUCUGAAAAUAUGACAUUUAUUGGCUGCGCAUUAGAGUUUAAGCACUAUACAUAAUUUUGUUAGUUUAAAUAUUAGCUGAAUUAUUCAUGUCCAAUUUUCGAAUAUUUCUUACGUAUAUAUAUAACUUAAAUCUCAAAUUAUAACUAAUACCUUUGAGAUUUAAGUUUCCCCAAACAUACAACUAAUUUUAUGAGGCGGGUAUUUAUGAAUUAUCUUGAGACUGUAAAUAUAUUUUUUCGUGUAAUCGACGUUGUGAUGGUAAAUACAGUAUCUAAUUUACAUUUCAACUGUUUUAUUAAAGCUUAUAUGUAAAC